AUGGACGGAUCUUUUCUUUUCCUCUUUUCCAUAACCUCCAGUAUUGGAUCGACCAUUUUUUAUUUCUUUCAAAUUGCAUUGUUUUAUUUUCUUCUUUCAGUCCGAUUUUUUUUAUCCAUUUUGUUUUUUCUCCUUUUUUCGUUUUUCGUUUUUUGCUUUCUUUUUUUCCUUCUUUCAACCUCCUCUUCAUCCUCCUAUCUUUAUUAUAGGCGCUUUUAUUCUUUCAUUUUCUUUCCAUUUUCCUCCUUACUUCUUCCUUUUACAUGGCGUUUUUUUAUUGUUAUAACCAUAGGCUUAUGUUUUAUUUGUGUUACCUUUUCUUUUUUUUUGUUUAUAUUUACGUCGUUUUUCCUUCGUUCUUUUUCCUUCCAUCAUUCCAUCUUAUAUUUUUUACAUUCUCCUUUAGUUCUCCUUUCUUUUACUUUAUCUGUCUUUUCCAUUUUCCUCUUUAUCAUUUUUCUCCCAUCGUUCUUUUAUUGUUUCUACUUUUUCUUCAUUACUGACUGUCACGCCCUUCCGUUCAUUCAUUUUGCAGUCUUCAUUUCUUUAUCUCUUUCCUUCCUUCCUUCCUUCCUUCCUUCCUUCCUUCCUUCCUUCCUUCCUUCCUUCCUUUUACAUCGCUAUAUAUAA